GACAACGGCCCGGGAAUAGGAAAAGGUCGCGUAAUAAGUAGGAGCCCUGGAGCAGCCAGAUCGACGUAGACGAAGUGGUGACGAACACCAACUCCCAAGUCCUGCCGCCGGUGCCUGCCUGCCGCCCUGCUCCUGACUUCUCGGCUUUUCAGUCCAAUUGGCCCUUCUCACUGUUGCUAUUCGCUCACCCGCCACCGCCGACCGCGCUUUGCCCAGCUUCCCCUGCGUCCCUCUGCCGCACUACUCAGCCAGAUUUUUUCUCACAAGCAUCUUCAGGGCAACUGACAUGGAGGGAAUACCUCAUUUUGAUGAUGGAUUUCCUGCUUCUACUUUGUUCAGCCAAGGUUAUUCCUACACAUAUGAUGAUGUCAUAUUCCUUCCUGGUUAUAUUGACUUCGCAACUGCUGAUGUGGAUCUAUCUACUAACUUUAGCCGCAAUAUUUCACUGUCCUUACCUUGUGUCGCCUCUCCCAUGGAUACGGUUACUGAGUCCUCAAUGUCUGCUGCCAUGGCAGCUCUCGGCGGAAUCGGCAUCGUCCACUCUAACAACACCCCUUCCAAACAAGCCUCCAUAGUUCAAUCAGUAAAGUCUCACAAAAUCCCUUUCGCUGCCGACUUGAUAUUCAUCUCCCCUGGUGAUUCCAUCCAAUCUGCUGAGGAGUUUGGUUCAGGUCCCUGUGUAUUCGUCACAGAGUCAGGGACUCAGCGGUCCAAACUAUUGGGAGUCGUGUCAAGGUCAUCAUGGGAGUCUUUGAGUAACAAGGAAGUAAGGGUUUCAGACUACAUGACAAAAUCUGCAGUGUCAUUGCCGUCAAACUACAACUAUGAAGAUGUAGCUGGUUAUCUAGAAGCUGAAAAGCUUGAGUAUGUGCCAUUGGUGAAUGAAAGUGAUGCAGAAGUUGUUAAUUUGGUAACCAGUGGUGAUGUGGAGCGUAUAAAGAGAUUCCCUAAACUUGGACUGCCAUCAUUGGGCCCAGAUGGAAAGUUCUUGGUUGGAGCAGCUAUAGGGACAAGGGAAUCAGAUAAAGAGAGACUCGAGCAUUUGGUUAAAGCUGGGAUAAACACUGUGGUUAUUGAUAGCUCACAAGGAUAUUCCUGUUACCAAAUGGACAUGGUUAAGUUUGUGAAGCGUACAUACCCGGAAUUGGAUGUCAUUGGGGGAAAUGUGGUAACAACUUAUCAAGCUAGGGGUUUGAUUCGGGCCGGUGUUGAUGGGUUAAGAGUUGGGAUGGGGUCUGGCUCCAUCUGUACCACACAAGAAGUUUGUGCUGUUGGACGUGGUCAGGCUACAGCUGUAUAUAAGGUGUCAUCGGUUGCUCAGGAGGAAGGUAUUCCGGUCAUUGCGGAUGGAGGAAUAAAGAAUUCUGGCCACUUUGUUAAAGCCUUAUCCCUAGGGGCAUCUACUGUUAUGAUGGGAAGCUUUUUAGCUGGAAGCAGUGAAGCUCCUGGAACAUACGAAUAUAAUAAGGAUGGUGUACGAGUUAAAAGAUAUAGAGGAAUGGGAUCAUUAGAUGCAAUGACUAAAGGAAGUGAUGCAAGAUACUUGGGUGAUACGACUAAGUUAAAGAUUGCUCAGGGGGUUGCUGGAACAGUGAAAGACAAGGGUUCUGUUUUGAAGUUCAUACCAUACACUAUGCAAGCCCUAAAACAAGGGUUCCAAGAUAUUGGUGUUUCUUCUAUCCAUUCAGCCCAUCAGCAUUUGAGAUUGGGCACAUUGAGACUCGAGGUUCGAACUGGAGCAGCACAGUCUGAGGGUGGAGUUCAGGAAGGUGGAGCUCAUGGACUGGUUUCUUACGAGAAAGGAAAAUACUUUUGAAAACCAUUCUUAGCUUCUAGUCAUGGGUGGAAGUCUUUCCAUUCUCCCCGUACAUUAUUCUUUGAAUUACGCAUUUUUUAUAUUCUUGUUUUGUUUCGUUCUGUACAAACUUUGAAUAAAGAUAUUUGGAUUUCCCAUGUUUGAUAUUUAGGAAGUUCUUAAAUCUUAAUUGAAGUUUCAAGCUCAUCCAGUGCAACUAAAUUGGAAAUUUUCUCCAUCACAAUUCUCAUAAUAAUUGAAUAGCUUUAAUUUUUUAUUCAUUAAAAGCAUCUUAACUUUUUCAUUGUUCACUAUAUUAGUAAUUAAUCAAUUGACAUU